GUGGGGGGCGUGCGGCAGGUGCUGUACGGGGACCUCCUGAGCCAGUACCCCGAGACCCGGCUGGCGGAGCUCAUGGGCUGCCUGGCGGGGGGGUACGACACCAUCUUCUCCCUGUGCGACGACUACGACCCCGGGAAGCGCGAGUUCUACUUCGACAGGGACCCGGACGCCUUCAAGUGUGUCAUCGAGGUGUACUACUUUGGGGAGGUCCACAUGAAGAAGGGCAUCUGCCCUAUCUGCUUCAAGAACGAGAUGGAUUUCUGGAAGGUGGACCUCAAGUUCCUGGACGACUGCUGCAAGAGCCACCUGAGCGAGAAGCGGGAGGAGCUGGAGGAGAUCGCGCGCCGCGUGCAGCUGAUCCUGGACGACCUGGGCGUGGACUCGGCCGAGGGCCGCUGGCAGCGCUGCCAGAAGUGCGUCUGGAAGUUCCUGGAGAAGCCCGAGUCGUCGUGCCCGGCGCGGGUAGUGGCCGUGCUGUCCUUCCUGCUCAUCCUCGUCUCGUCGGUGGUCAUGUGCAUGGGCACCAUCCCCGAGCUGCAGGUCCUGGACGCCGAGGGCAACCGCGUUGAGCACCCGACGCUGGAGAACGUGGAGACGGCGUGCAUCGGCUGGUUCACGCUGGAGUACCUGCUGCGUCUCCUGUCCUCGCCCAACAAGCUGCACUUCGCCCUGUCCUUCAUGAACAUCGUGGACGUGCUGGCCAUCCUGCCCUUCUACGUGAGCCUCACGCUGACGCACCUGGGCGCCCGCAUGAUGGAGCUGACCAACGUGCAGCAGGCCGUGCAGGCCCUGCGGAUCAUGCGCAUCGCGCGCAUCUUCAAGCUGGCGCGCCACUCCUCGGGGCUGCAGACCCUCACCUACGCGCUCAAGCGCAGCUUCAAGGAACUCGGGCUGCUGCUCAUGUACCUGGCGGUGGGCAUCUUUGUCUUCUCGGCCCUGGGCUACACCAUGGAGCAGAGCCACCCCGAGACCCUGUUUAAGAGCAUCCCGCAGUCCUUCUGGUGGGCCAUCAUCACCAUGACCACCGUGGGCUACGGGGACAUCUACCCCAAGACCACUCUGGGCAAGCUCAACGCGGCCAUCAGCUUCUUGUGCGGGGUCAUUGCCAUCGCCCUGCCCAUCCACCCCAUCAUCAACAACUUCGUCAGGUACUACAACAAACAGCGCGUCCUGGAGACAGCGGCCAAGCACGAGCUGGAGCUGAUGGAGCUCAACUCCGGCAGUGCGGGGGAGGGCAAGGCGGCGUGCUCCCGCAGCGACCUGGACAGCCUCCUGCCCGAGCCGGCCGGGGAGGAGGGGCCCAGCUGGGGCAGCCGGCUGAAGAUCUCCCAUAGCGACACCUUCAUCCGCCUCCUGACGGAGCAGAAGAACCACAGGACCAGGCUCCAGAGCUGCAAGUGAUGAUCUUCCGGGCGCAGCCGGGCUGGGGCCAGCGGGCGGAUGGUGGGCCGAGAGGGGCCUGUCAGUGACUCCCUGGGAGGGGCUGUCCUCUGUCCCCUCAACGAUCUCCUGAACCGAACUCUGAAGGUCCUCUUAGGCACCUCUGGCGAGGCUGGGUAAGACCCCUUUCUGCCGCUGGCUGUCAGGAAUCAGGGGGGGACUGAGGGGCGUCCGGGCGUCCGGGCGUCACAGGCAGCAUGGGGUGACGGAGGCCACGGUCUGGCUGGUGGCAGGAGCCCUCGCCCGGUUCUGUAUCUCCUUCAAUAAAGCCUCCUGCUCUGUGCACCCA